AUGGACAAAGAGUCCAUGUCACUCAAAUCAACACAUAAACCCGCAUCGAUUUCGCCUCUAUCCAAGGCACUUCUGGACUUUGUCCAGUUCCCACCUGAAUGGAGGGUGGGGAGUACAGAACAGAUAAUCGCCAGACUAGAAGUCUGGGAAUCGAUAAGGAAGACCAAGGCACACAGUCAGUGCCUUGGGAACCCCAGAUCUGGGGGACAACCAUCGUUGCAUGGACUUAACAUGCGUGAUAUUUCUUAUCCUUCUUUGGAUCUGCAGGAGCAGAGGGGAUUCUCCCAGAAUAUGGUGGAACGGCACCACAUCAGGCCACAGGAUGACCACCCGCAUUUAGGGCCAGGUUCAUCUGGUGGUGGGAGGUGGUCUUGCCAAUUACCCUUUGGGAAGUCACCCAUUGCCAAAGCAAUGCCAACACCGGUUUUUCCUCUGGAAAAACCUCAUGGUCUAUCCAUGAGGGACAGAGAUCACACUCUCUGUAACCUACUCUUGGGGAAAAAUCCCCGAAAUUUUUCAACUUUUUCCCUUUCAUCAUCUGAAAGGGAUACCACUAUACCGUCUACUCACUAUGGGGAAACCCAUAGUGAUCCACCUGUCCAGCCAACAGAUAAACCACCCCCAAGGGAGGUUAAAUUCAUCAUCUGA